GUGGAAAUUACAAGCUUGUUUACUAUAACUGUGAGUGUGUAAGAGACUAGCCAGAGCAGCCAACCGUUUUAUACAAUUUAUGCUACAUUUAUCUUCUCAUGGCAUGCAUAAAAAAUGGGAGAACGUAAAUGUGAUCACAUUUCGUAACUUUACAAACUAUAACUGGUUGAAAUAUUUUACCGGAACUUCGAUUGGCGAAAUUUAACUAUAUCAGGGAAUGUGGAUAUGCUGAUUUGUAACUGCUUUGGAUAUCUACUCCUGACCCGCCGGCAGAUUGUUGGGCAUAAAUUCCUCCCGCUCUUUAUGACAUACGGAUUAUCAUUGCAUCUCUCCUGGAUUUCUAUCGUAAUACGAAAGAUUCUUCACCAACCGCUUCCAAAGGAAUUUUGUUUCUUCCUAUACGGCAUUGUACGGCGGUUAUUGUUUCUCCAUUGAUUGGCCAAUCUGUCUAUAUUUCGGUGGAAGAAAAAUGUCGUUAACCAGCACUUCAUCCGCCAUGUCAGCGGACGAUGACGCUGUACAGCAGCCACCGGAAGUGUCAGCCGAUAGUGUUGUCCGUGGCAGUCAAGGUAAACCACCUUUACCCUCGCCCCCGUCCAAAAGUGCCGAUAUUUUUGGAAUUCAAAUGGAGGUAACGAAUCUGUUGCUGGAAGCGGAAAGGCGGCGGUUAAGAGCAUUACAGCGGGAUUUAACUGAACGCUAUCCAUUGCGAGACGACAACGGUUAUGGUAAGCGGGAACUCGACCGUCAGAAGUUAUACAUCGGGCGGAUUGAACAACAAUAUCAACAAUUACUGCGAGAAUACGAACAGGCUGCCGCGGGAAUGCUUCGAAAUGGUGGACAGCAUCGAAAGAGCAAUAGGAGUCAGCCGGCAUUUGGUGUGAAGUACACAACGAAAACUCGGCCGACAAUAUUUGGAACGCUCGCUGUGGAAAGCAUGGCACAGUUGGCCGAUUUACGAAAGAACCCUUCAUCGCACAGUAGUCGCCGCUGGAACAGCAUGUGUAGUUUAAGCAGUAGCAGCGGAACACAGGAAGAAUCCUGUGGAUCUUCCACCGACGCGGAUUCUGCUAUGUCCAGCCAACGAUCAUCCGACCAAAGCCUGAUAUUCGAGCAUUCCAUAUUAUGUUCCGGAACGCUUGACGCACUAAUUCAUCAUUUUAUGCCCAGCGUGGAUUAUUAUCCAGAUCGCACAUAUGUGUUUGCAUUUUUGCUCAGUUCCCGUUUGUUCGUCAAACCGUAUCUCCUGCUGGAGCAAGUGGUCCACGCCUGUACCGUACAUGAGAGUUUGUAUCCAUCGUCCAUCAGCGCCGAAAGCAUGCGAACAUUUUGCCGGCAUAUUGUCCGAUUAUUGGGUGAAUGGACUGACACAUUUUCCAACGAUUUCCGUGAUGAGCGGAUGAUGAAAAGUUUAAAGGAUAUCACGCAUUUCUGCAUUACAUUUGAUCCGGAAACGCGCCGUGAUGUUGGACAGAUCCUGCAGAAUUUAUUGGCCCGUCUGUCGGCAUUAGAGAAAUACGAGGAGCAUUUAAUGGAGAUUAGCCAAGAAGUGGCCAACCGCAUUGCUAGCAGUAUUCCCACAACUGAUAUUUAUGAUUUAUGUCCGAAUCCGCAACAUUUAGCGCAUUACUUAACAUCCAUUGAGCUUGAAAGACUGCGCCAUAUCGGAGCGGAAGAAUUUGUCCAAGCAUUUGCCAAAGAUACUUCAGUUGUAGAGACGCCUUUGCGGGAUUUGAAGCGCACAAGAAAUCUGGAAGCAUAUGUACAGUGGUUCAACAGGUUAAGCUACUUGGUAGCUACGGAGAUCUGCAUGCAGCUGAAGAAACGCCAUCGAGUUCGCAUAAUGGAUUACUUUAUUGAUGUGGCCAAAGAAUGUUUUAAUCUGGGAAACUUCAACUCUUUAAUGGCGAUCAUUGCCGGUCUCAAUAUGAGUCCUGUCAGACGUCUGAAACGCACAUGGGCAAAGGUCAACGUUCAGAAAUUUGAAGUUCUCGAGCACCAGAUGGAUCCGAGCGGAAAUUUUAAUAGUUAUCGUUCGACGCUGAAAGCUGCGAUGUGGCGUUCAGAAGGAGCUUCGACUGAGCGCGAAAAGAUCAUUGUCCCGUUUUUCUCUCUCCUCGUUAAAGAUCUUUACUUCCUGAACGAAGGAUGUGCCAAUCGGCUGAAAAGCGGGCACGUAAAUUUUGAGAAAUUCUGGCAACUGGCAAAGCAGGUCACAGAGUUCCUAACCUGGAAGCAGGCUGUGUUUUCCAUGGACAAAAAUAAUCGAGUGGUCCGGUACCUGCUAACCAACCCGGUUUUUUCGGAAUCGGCAUUGAGUUUAGCGUCAUUCGAGUGCGAACAACCAGAAAAUAAUUACGAAAGAGCAAGAAACAAGCAGCUAAAGUCGGAAUUGAUGGGAACCAAAUCAAGUCCCUGAACGCAAUAAUCCGAGACGCGCUUGCGAUGCCUCUCCAGAUGUUCUCAGAAUGUUUUUGAUGACUUCUCUCUGAUCUGAUUGUGAUUUUCUACUAUAAAGUGGAAUAAUAUAACUGCAAUGAGAUGUUAGUGUCAAUAUUAGCGUUUUGUCGUAUUGUGCACAAACUGUAUUUGUGUGUAUUGUAGUUGUACGCUGUUGCGUGUGAAUCCUUUUUGUGUAUUUUCCGUUCUGAUUGGUUUGUUGCCUUUAGUAACUAUGCGUUAAUCUGACUUAAAUACGCACAGAGUUGGCAUUUUGGUACAAA